CAAUGGACUUGGCCACCAUCCUGGCUUCCAGGGGUGGUGGUGAGCAUCCAGGAAGUAGGAUGUGUGCAGCUGCUUGUCUGGAUCUGGCAAAGGGCAGGCGCUGGGCUCCUUCCCCCUCAGUGACUCAGAGGAGGGGACAGUGGCACCAUGGCCCCACGCGCGGCACCCAUCCGCCAGACCUGCUGCUGCUUCAAUGUCAGGGUAGUCACCACCGCCCUGGCCAUCUACCAUGUGAUCAUGAGUGUCCUGUUGUUCGUGGAGCACACGGUGGAGGUGGCCCGCGGCAAGGCCUCCUGCAGGUUCUCCAAGACCGUGUACCUCCGGAUCGCCGACCUGGUGUCCAGCUUCCUGCUCAUCGGCCUGCUCUUCCUCAUCAGCCUGAGCCUGCUGCUCGGCGUGGUCAAGGUGAGGGGCACUGGGAGGGAGGGCGGGUGGGCGCCAGGAGUCCCGUUGCCCACCCUGCACCUCUGCUGGGCCGUGCAGUCGGCUGCCCAGUGGGUGGGGGCGCCUCAGGAGCGCCCAGCCUCACCGCACGUGUCCUUCUCAGCCCCAGUCCCAGGCCCCUCGAAGGUCCCCCUGAUGACCCUGCAGCUGCUGGACUUCUGCCUGAGCAUCCUGACCCUCUGCAGUUCCUACAUGGAAGUGCCCACCUAUCUCAACUUCAAGUCCAUGAACCACAUGAAUUACUUCCCGAGCCAGGAGGGCUUGGCCCACAGCCAGUUCAUCAGGACGAUGGUCAUCUUCUCCGUCGCCUUCGUCACCGUCCUGGUCCUGAAGGUCUACAUGCUCAAGUGCGUGUGGAGAUGCUACAGACUCCUGAAGUCCGCGAACUCGGCCGAGGAGAGGGGCGCCUCCAAGACGCUCCCGAAGGUGGUCCUGCCGACCUACGAGGAAGCCCUGUCUCUGCCUUCCAAGUCUCCUGAGGGGGACCCCGCUCCACCCCCGUACUCAGAGGUGUGACCCUCGCCAGGCCCCAGCCCUGAUCUGGGCCCAGCUGCCUCAUAAUCUGCUGCUUUGCUUUGGUGGCCCUGGUGGACCACCGGCCGACUUCAGGACAACUGCUGUGUCCCCUCGCUGGCCUGCUCCCCCUGCGGGCCCCAGGCACUCUCCCUUGGGUCAGGCUGAAGGCCGCAAAUCGAGCCCAACAGCUCUGCUGACGUCCACCAGCAAGGAGUCAUUUUAGACGGCUGGUUGCUGUGAAUGUGGUGAGCUUGGCAAACAACCAGCAGCUCCGCAGUCUACCCCAGCAGCCGUCAGACACAAGCACAUCAGUCAGUCAACGAAAUAAAUUGGUCAAACCACA